AUGGAGAAGGCCAGCUCCCACAAGCUUGUCGAGCUACUCCGCCCUUCGCUGGCAGUCAACGCCUUCUUCGGCGCGCACUGCGAUCGCCAAUCAACGGCGCCAUAGCUGUAGAAGUCCGCGUUGCCGUGGCGUUGAGGAUCCUGGCUGGCGCUAGUUACUGGGAUGUUGCCCUCAUGUUUGGCUUGUCGGUGCCGACCACGUACCAGAUCUUGUGGUCGGUGAUCGACGCCAUCAACAAGACGCCUGCGGUUGGGGCAUUCGACUUCCCCCUGACCGAGG